ACAGCGCGAGCUGUACAUCGUGUGCUUGAACAGCGUUACCACAGCAACCCCUGGCCAUCCACAAAACUGUUGACAACGCAGCUCCAGUCCUGGAUCCUGAAGCGGGUCGGUGAGGCCUCUGGGCCAUACCAAAUGUUUGAGGUGCUGGGGGACGUUAUACUUCUUCGAGGCUCUCACUGUGAAUAUGUGGAAGAGUUUACUCUCCAGGCGUUGCCUCAGUUCACCUCUCUGUCGGGUCAUGAGGUCACCCACCACGGACUGAUAGUUCUCAUCAUGCAGUACGGGAAGAAGAAGAUAGACUAUCUGGGGCGGGGCAGGGCGGAGACAGACUGGACCAAAGCUUGGCAAUCCAACUUUUUGCAUCCUGUUUUAUACUACUAUGACACACUUCCUACUGAGGAAGAAAUGAAGCUCCGUCCCCAAGGCUGGCCUUUACCGAGGCCCAAAGCAAUCCAUCACAUGGUGGAGGACUUCCUCACAGAGUGGGAGGGUCCCAUAUCUCAUAUCCAGCCACUGCGGCGCUUCCUCGAGCACUGUGUCCAAACUGACCUCAGGGCCUUCUAUGCGGAAUCAUGUUUCCGCUCAUCCCUCACCCACCGAAAGCCGCCGCUGUUUUGUCAGCAAGGGUACUUGAAGCAUCAGGGUGUCGCUCACAACAUGCAGCUGUGGCAGCGCGAUCAUGACACUGGACUGAUGCCUGUCGAGCAGGAUGCGGACACAUCAGGGGCCGACCCCGCAUUCCCCAAAUACCUGGCACAAGCUGGAGCCUCCGUGUCUUCAGGACUGAAACUUGACUUCUGAUUGUUUAACUCGAGCGUGAUAAAGCUCUGUCUACCAUGCUGUUAAGGUCCCUCAGACUUGCUACCUCCAGCACCCAUGAUAACUUCCUCCAUGAGACCAAAUAUUUUGACAGAAUAUCAUCCUACAGAUCAGUGGUUCACCACGUUUAUGGCAUGUGACCCCUUAAAGGUCCAGUGUGUAGGAUUUAGUGGGGAUGUACUGGCAGAAAUUGAAUUUAAUAUGAUAUAAUAAGUGUGUUUUCUGUAGUCUCACCUGAAAAUGAGAUUUUCUUUUAGUUAUCUUAAAAAGAGCCUUUUAUGUCUACAUAGGGAGCAGGUCCUUGUCCACAGAGAUUGCCAUGUUGCACCGCCAUGUUUCUACAGUAGCCCAGAAAACCAAACACUGGCUUUAGAUAGGGACAUUGAACAAUGAACACUGAAGGAAUUCAAUUCAGGAGAAGUGUCAGCUGGUUGUGAUGUGAAAUCCUCACCACUAGAUGCCACCAAAUCUUCCUAAAUCUUACACACUGCUCCUUUAAAUUACGUCAGUUUCUACCUACAAACUCUCCUCACCUGAUGUAAAUGUCUCACACUUGACUGUUUCAACCAAAGAGUGACUUUCCUUCUUUAUUUUGAUCAUGCUUUAAGGGGCAAAUGAUGCAAAAUUAUCCAAUAAUUCACAAGUCAAAAAGCAAAGAUUAGAGGAAAGAUAUAUCACAACCCCUCAGGCUGCAUCAUCAUGCAACUUUUUGGGAACCCAGCCCCCACUGCAUAUCACUGGAGAGGCACCUUAUCUCUGGAAUGCUCCUUUAUUGAUAUUCCUCACAAAAUAUUUACAUAUAAAUCAGAAUAUAACAUUUUCAUAUCAUGGAAAUCAACAUUAUAUGAAUAUAUAUAGACGGAGGGUGGGUGUUACAGAAUGAUUAUGCAUAUAUACAUUAUACAUGAUGUUACCUGAUUACAGACUGUUUUUUAAUUCAAAUAAAAGUGUUUUUGGACCAUUA